CCUAAUUUGAAUUUAGCUUAAACCCUAAAAUGGCCAAAUGGAGACUUGCGACUGCGACGCUCCGUCGACAUCUCCAAUCCCCAUCGCCUACUAUCUCCGCCUUCAAGGAUCCGACCAAAUCCUUGUCUUCCGCGGCUCAUCAUUGUACUCGCAGCUACAGUACAGCGCAGACCGAUGAUUCCAGAGGGAAAUGGCUAACUUUACCUCCUUUUUCUCCCACCAUCGAUGGCACCGCCGUAGGAAAGGGUCUCCUUUACGACGGAGACUCCGUCAAAGCUUCAACGGAUAACUCAAAAACGACGGCGCUUAGGUGGAUUCUUCGUUGUCGUCCAGAUUUACCCAGGACUCUCGUUCAGAAACUCUUCCGUUUAAGACAGGUUAGAAGAGAAAUGUCUUUGAGUGUUGAUGGUGAUGAACUACAAAGAAGCCAACUUAAAAGGGUGGCAGCUAAGGAAUCCUUGAAUGUAGGAGAUAGAAUUUACCUUCCUUUGUCGGUUGACAAUGAUACGCCGCCGACACCACCUGCUAAGAAAGAAAGCUUUAAAUGUAGUGAAGAAGAACGUAAAUUUGUUUGCAGUUUGGUGUUGUAUAAGGAUCCAGCCAUUAUUGUUCUGAAUAAACCUCACGGUUUGGCUGUUCAAGGUGGGAGUGGGAUCAAAACCAGUAUCGAUGAGCUUGCUGCCACUUGCUUGACAUUUGAUAAAUCAGAAUCUCCCCGGCUGGUGCACCGACUUGACAGAGACUGUAGUGGACUUUUGGUGUUGGCAAGAACACAGACGGCUGCAACAGUUCUUCAUUCCAUAUUCCGCGAGAAAACAUGUGGUGCAUCUGCAUAUGGUGUCAAAAAGAACAUAAAAUCCUUGAAAAGAAAAUAUAUGGCACUUGUGAUCGGGUGUCCAAGACGUCAAAAGGGACAGAUUUCAGCGCCACUCAGAAAGGUGGUUGUGGAUGAUGGAAAAUCUGAUCGUAUCACUGUUAAUGACAAUGGAGAACUCGUUUCUACUCAGCAUGCUAUCACCGAAUACCGAGUGAUUGAAUCUUCACCACAUGGAUACACAUGGCUUGAGCUUCGCCCUUUAACCGGGAGAAAACAUCAGCUUCGUGUACACUGCGCAGAAGUUCUAGGAACACCGAUACUCGGGGACUACAAAUACGGUUGGCAAGCUCAUAAAGCCAGGGAACCUUUUGUCUCUUCUGAAACCUCGCCGACCAAGCCAUCAUCAUCUCCUUUUGGCCUUGAUCUAGACGGUGGAGAUGUCUCUUCAAAACAGCCACACCUUCAUCUCCAUUCAAAGCAAAUUGAUCUGCCAAACAUAUCUCAGCUAUUGGAGAAAAUGCAGGUUUCUUCAGAUUCUGAUAUUUCGGAUCUCGAUAGCCUUAAAUUCGAUGCACCAUUGCCUAGUCAUAUGCAGCUAAGCUUUAAUUUGUUGAAAUCUAGAGUCGAAACUUGUGACAAAAAUUAGAUACUUUUUUCUUACCGAGCCUUCUUCUUUGUGUUCUUUGAGGCCCAAGUAUCUGUCUUUGGACCUGAAUAUUCUCAUACAAAAAAGGUUAAAUAAUUAUAUUUAAAUGAU